AUGGCUGACGAUUCUGCCGAUGCGAUGAAAGCAGCUUUGCUGAAGGCUCAAGAAGCCCUUCACCGCACUCAAUCUGAAGCCCAGCAGACCAUUGACAGCCUCAGGAAGGAGCUAGAGUUUGUCAAAAGUAGCAAGACACCUAAGACCCGUGCCCGUGGCAUGACUCCCAAGAUUCUUAACCUCGAAGAUUCAGAGGCCAGAGAAGGCGAGGAUGAAGAGGCCAGAUCUGACGAAGAUGUAGAGGAAGCUGAUCCUGCAGCUAAGAAAAUGGCGCUCCUGGAAUCUCAGAACAGGAAGAUACUUCGCAUGCUGACGAAGUUGCCUGGAGCACCAACCCCCGUAGCUGAGGAAUCUCCAGAUGCCUAUGCUCAAUCCCCCUUCGUGGAAGAAAUUGCGAGGGCAAGGAUCCCUAAGAAGAUCAAUGUCACCCAGCCGCAUAAGCUGCAUGAUGGAGCUGCAGAUCCCUACGAUCAUGUAGCGCAGUAUAAGCAAAAAAUGUGGACUCUAUCCAUCCUGAGCACCUGCUGGAAGCUACUAUGUGCAAAUACCUUAUCUGGGCCUGCCCUGCAGUGGCUGAUCAGCCUAAAACCAGGUAGCAUCCAAAAUUUCGCUGCUUUGAUUAACAAGUUUUAUAUGCAGUUUGCUAGCAGCAGGGUUCUGGAGAAGCAUACAGGCGAUCUGUAUCGCAUCACCCAAAAGACAAAUGAAGCUGUGAGGCAGUACCUGGAUCGAUUCAACAAGGAGAUGAUCUUAGUCAAGAACCUGGAUGUUCCCACCGCUAUCGAAGCAUUCAGAAGAGGACUAACAUAUAAAUCUAGAUUGUAUUAUGAAUUAACCAGGUACCCAUGUGGCACAUUCGAGGAGGUUAGAGCCAGGGCUAUGGCUGAAAUCCGCGUCGAAGAGGACGAGGCGUCCAGGUACGGGAGUGAGCCUAGCUAUGAUCGGAAAUCCCAGAAUCAGAAGAAAAGCGAUUGGCGUCACCAGCCGUACCAAAAGCGCGAAAGCAAUAACGUAGCCAUCAAGGCCACAAGUAAACCUGCUAAUAAUGAUUACCCGGCUAUUGCUUCCUAUUGCUUUAAUGUGGAUGCAGGAGGCAUAGUAAACGCACUCGAAAAGCUGGGGACAACAGCUAGAUGGCCACGCAAGAGCGACAGACCAGACAGCGAGAAGGAUACCACCAAGUGGUGCAGCUAUCAUGGCGACCAUGGCCAUCGGACAGAAGACUGCAACGCCCUCAAAAAGGAAGUAGCUUGGCUGCUCAAAAAAGGCUACCUCGAGCAUCUGAUGGGAAAGAAGGGGCAGCGAGAAGACAAAGCUGGCUCCAGCCAGCAGCAGCCCCAUCCACCACCUGAACCUCUACACGACAAGGUAAUCAACUCUAUCUCAGGUGGUUCAGAAAUAUGUGGACUAACAUGCUCUGCAGCUAAGAGAUUCGCCCGGGAAGGUUCCAAAACCGCACCAAGCCCGCUGAGAAGUGCAGAGGAGAAAAAGCUCAGGAGUAUGACCAUCAGCUUCGAUGAAGAAGAUGGAGAUGAAGAAACUGACAAUCACGACGGCCUCGUCGUAUCUCUCACCGUCAGCAACUGCCUCAUGAAGCGAGUCUUAAUAGACAAUGGCAGCUCAGCUAAUAUUAUUUUCAAGAGCGCCCUCGAAAGCAUGGGGCUGCAGGAAGCUGACAUCCUCAGGAAAGCAAAUGUUCUGUUCGGGUUCAAUGGCAAGCCAGCUACGACGCUCGGAGAGAUCGUGCUGCCUACCUAUGCAAAGGGAGUCAAACCUCCAGACCAAAUUCAAUGUGGUAGAUUGUCCCUCAGCAUAUAA